AUGGCUUAUCAAUACUAUUCACCUCCACCUCCACCCGACAACCGUUAUUUCCACUCACCACCACCUCCACCUCCACCAAAAACCCCUUCGUAUGCACCACCACCGUCAUCCCCACCUGUAGCACCACCAUCAAAACCAACACCUACGGGACCAGCACCACUGCCAUCUCCCGAAAAGCCAACCCCACCUACACCCUCAUCUCCACCAAGCCAUACUCCUACUCCGGCACCAUCACCUCCAUAUGUAGCACCACCAUCUCAUCCUGUUUCACCCCCAUUCCCAUCAAAUGGUCCAGUUUCACCGCAGCUACCACCAUAUGCUACACCACCACCUCAUCCUGUUUCGCCCCCAAUCCCAUCAAAUGGUCCAGUUUCACCCCCGAAGCUACCACCAAAUUAUACACCACCACCUCCACCAAUUCAUGGUUACACUCCACCUCUUUCUGGUGCACCCCCUCCUAUUAAUGCAGUACCACCAUCAAACGUCGUGGCACCACCAUCAGGAAAUAACCAUACGACCAUCAUCGCGGUGUGCGUGUCGCUUGGCGGUGCAUUCUUCCUUGCAUUCCUUUUGGUGGGUCUCAUCUGUUUGGCUAAGAAAAAGAAGAAGCCAGUUAUGGUUCCUGCAGCACCUGUUUGUAUAGAAGAACAUGAGGUAAUUCAAGAAAUGAUCACGAAAGGACCAUGUGGAGAGGAAAUCGUGACAGUGUCCAUUGAGGAUGACGUGCAAAUUCAUGAAGUUGUGGCGGUCGACGGUGGUGGUGCAGGUAGCUCAUACAUGGGGGCUGCAGGCGGCCAUGGCAAUCCUUGCUAG